AUGGCUGCUUCCGGGAUCCACUGUAUGCAGAUUAACUUGCAUCAUUGUAAGGGCGCUUCAGCGAUUCUAGCCAAGAACUUUGCAAGGAUGCAGACAGCUAUAGCCUUUGUUCAAGAACCUUGGGUUUACAAGGGUAAGAUUAGAGGUCUAAGUGGCGGUGGGGUGCUAGUUAGUUCACCACAGGAACCAGUUCCAAGGGCUUGUCUGAUCUAUAAAGGUCUAGAUGCUUUCCCUCUAUUGGAAUUAACUACCAGGGACUUAGUUGUUGUUAAGGCUAAGUACCUAGAAAAGAACGGAAAUAAAAGGGAGGUUGUAGUAGCUUCCGCAUAUUUUCCGGGAUCGGGGGAUGACCCCGCACCACCUGCAGAGGUGGAGAAGUUGGUAGAUUACUGUCAACGGCAAGGUCUCCCAUUAAUAAUAGGUUGUGAUGCCAAUGCGCACCAUGUCGUAUGGGGCAGCACUGACAUUAAUGAUAGAGGCAGAAGACUUUUAGAUUUUCUGUUAGAUACAGAUUUAGAUAUUUUAAAUCAGGGUAAUGAGCCGACUUUCGUUACUGUUAACAGAAAAGAGGUGUUGGAUAUUACGAUCUGUUCCAAGUCUUUUUGUGAUGGCUUGAGGGACUGGAGAGUGUCUGUUGGUACUUUUCUUGAUAUCGAAGGUGCCUUCCCUAACACCUCUAGCAAAACUAUCUGCAGGGCAGCCAGGAUGCGAGGCGUGCCCGAGCCGCUAGUUAAGUGGAUCGACAGCAUGCUUCGCGAAAGGGCCCUGGAGGCAGUGUAUGGUGAGGCCAAGGUAACUGGCCUUGUCUCAAAAGGGUGCCCACAGGGAGGAGUUGUCUCUCCUUUAUUGUGGUGCUUAGUGGCAGAUAAGUUAAUUAGAAACCUCAAUAGCCAGGGAUAUUAUACGCAAAGUUAUGCGGAUGAUUUCCUUAUAAUUAUAAGAGGGCACUCAAUUGAGACCCUCUUAGAACUUACGGAAUGUGCGCUUAAGAUUGUCAAGGAUUGGUGCAAUCUGACUGGACUUUCUGUAAACCCAGAGAAAACGAAUAUAGUAGUUUUCACAAGAAAAUAUAAGGUACCGAGUUUGAAGAAACCGAUAUUUUAUGGAAAAGAGAUUUCCUUUUCUGAAUCGGCUAAGUAUCUGGGAGUAAUCCUGGAUAAAAAGCUGGUUUGGAGGGAACAUUUCGAAUAUCAGUAUAUCAGGUUUUGUACCGCGUUUUGGGCGUGUAGAAGGGCGAUAGGGUCAUCAUGGGGACUAAGGCCUAAUAUGGUCAACUGGCUCUAUCAGAUGAUCUUAAAACCAAGGUUUCUUCACGCGGUGGUUGUCUGGUGGUCUAGGACUCAACUGAUAACGGUUAAAGAGAAACUAGGCCAACUGCAAGCAAUGAUUUUCAGGGGUAUUACGGGGGCAAUGAGGACCACGCCAACAGCUGCGUUGGGAUUCAUGCUUGCCGAGGUACCUCUGCAUAUUGCCGCGGUGAAAAAGGCGGCUCUCACUAUGAGCAGGUUAACUGCGCAGGGAAGGUGGAAGGUUGGUGGUAUACACACCAAGCUUCCACGCUCAAUUCUAUCAAUACCAGAAUUAAGUAUGGUGCAAGAUAGAAUGAUCAAGAGGGUGAAAUUUAAACCCCGCUUUAAGAUCAUUACACCUUCCAGAAUGGACUGGAAGAAAGGUUUUCCACUUGGGGACGAAGUCUGGUAUACAGACGGCUCCAAGAUGGACUGCGGUGCAGGCUUCGGAAUUUAUCGGAAAACUGGCUGCAUUAAAGUGGCUGAGUCAUUAGGACAACAUGCCACGGUCUGGCAGGCAGAGGUCUGUGCGAUUUUAACUUGCGCCCAAAUAUCCAUUCGAAAUGGAACAAAGGGCAAGAGGAUUAGUAUUUGUGUGGAUAGUCAAGCGGCCUUAGGGGCUCUGAAAAAUCCCACAAUAGAAUCAAAACUCGUCUGGGAAUGCCGGAGCGUACUAGAUGAGUUGGGUUCAGCAAAUAGACUUUCAUUGAUUUGGGUACUGGGUCACUCGGGAAUCAAGGGUAAUGAAAGAGUAGACGUCUUGGCGAAAACCGGUUCCGAGACGAAAUUUAUAGGUCCUGAACCAGCAGUGGCAAUAAUGCCAUGCUUGGUUAAGGGAGCCAUAGAAAGAUGGGGUGAAAAGGAACAUGAGAAGUAUUGGGCGAACGUUGGGAUGGGAAGGCAAGCGAAAACUCUGUUGGGGUUAGCACUCAACAAGAGGCGAGCGAGCGAUCUCCUAAAACUCGAUAAGAUCAGAGUUAGAACCGUAGUUCGUCUACUUACGGGUCAUGGACUAUUGAACUACCAUCAGCAUAAAAUAGGCAGACAAGUUUCACUUAUGUGCAGACUGUGUGGGGAAAGUAACGAAACUUCGACUCACAUAUUAUCUGAAUGCCCAGCGUUAGCUAGGAUCAGGCUAUCUAGCUGGGGUCAAGCAAUUAUUGACCCUAAGCAGGUGAGCAACCUAUCGAUAGAAGAGAUACUGGACUUCUGGAGAAGAACAGGACUCUAA